UUUCAAGAUCAUUUCGGGGCGCCGAAGGCGGCUUUCCACUUUCCAGCACUUUAGGCGCCGUCAGGGGGUGGUUUGAGUUUUGACAGAGACAGGGUGGUUUGGUAUCUAAACCAAGGCCAUCUAUCUAAACUAUCUUGAAGGAUCUUGUCGAUGAUGAAAGAGUGCCGUGACGUCAUUGGCUCGAUAAGGAUGUGAUGACGUUAUUUUUUAAGUACCUUGCGUAAGACGGUUGAUCGUUGACGUGCGUCAGAAUUGAAGUCAGACUGGCGCCGUCACACGUGGAAGCGGAGAGCUGUGAAUAUCGGUAUUGGGAGUUUAUUUAAAAUUAUACAAGUGCAAAAGUUUGAUCUUGAUCUAUAACUAUGGCAGAGGAAGAAGCGUUGGAUAUCUUUGACGCCUCAAAGAAGAAGAAAAAGAAGAAGAAGACUCCGUUUGACAUUGACGCCGCUCUGGGCGAGGGUGGCGGAGCGUCGGCGAGCGCUGCGUCCGCAGCUGAGACAGCGCCGGCCGCCGACACCGCCGCCGGCUCCUCCAGCCAAGAUGCCGCCCCCUCCUCCUCCUACGCAAUCGAUGACGACAUUAACCUUGACCUGGAGACCUUUGGCAAAAAGAAGAAAAAGAAGAAGAUGCCGCUGAAUUUGGACGAGUUGGGUGAUGCAUUGCCAGUUGCUGAGCCCAAACCAGAGGUUGUUGAAGAGGCUGCCGAAGAUUUGGAUCUUGAUCUGGACAUGGACUUCAGUAAGAGUAAAAAGAAGAAGAAAAAGAAGAAGGACAUUGAGGAGCUGGUGGCGGGUGACGACGCUGAGAACGAGGAGCCCGCGGACCAGGACGGCACCGGCUGGGCGGGCACCGACCGCGACUACACCUACGACGAGCUGCUGACGCGCGUGUUUGACAUCAUGCGCGAAAAGAACCCCGACAUGGUGGCCGGCGAGAAGCGCAAGUUCGUGAUGCGCCCGCCACAGGUGGUGCGACUCGGCGCCAAAAAAUCCAGCUUCGUCAACUUUGCAGACAUCUGCAAAAUGCUCCACCGGCAGCCGCAGCACCUGCUAAACUUCCUGUUCGCCGAGCUGGGUACGUCGGGCUCUGUGGACGGCACCAACCAGCUCAUCAUCAAGGGCCGCUUCCAGCAGAAGCAGAUUGAGACAGUGCUGCGCCGCUACAUCAGGGAGUACGUGACCUGCCACACGUGCCGCUCGCCCGACACCAUUCUGCAGAAGGACACGCGCCUCUUCUUCCUGCAGUGCGAGUCGUGCGGCUCGCGGUGUACGGUCGCCUCGAUCAAGUCCGGUUUCCAGGCCGUCACCGGGAAGCGGUCCGUGCUCCGAGCCAAGGCGAGCUGAGCGGGCGCCGCGGAGGGACGCCAGCCGCGCCCCACCCACCCCCGAGUCAGUUUAUACCGCUCUAUAUUAUAAUAAACGGACACUGGUGUUUGG